AUGACGUUACCUGGCAAGACAGCCAGUCGAUUUUUACUAUCAGCUGCACGUGUUGUUUUAACUAAUGAACAAUUUAGUAAUGAUUACCUACCAGAUUUUCGCGGUGAUAAAGCUGAUCGUGUUGUAAUUCCACAAGAAUCUGUUGAAAAACUACGAGGUUUUCUUAUAUAUAAUUUUGAUAUUUCUUUUACAGAUGCUGUAAAAAAAAUAUUUGGUUGUAAAGAAGAAGAUAUGAACAGUAUAUGGGGUGACCGCUCAAUUCGUCGCACGACAAUUCGUCGCGAUCAAUUCGUUGCAAUCAAUUCGUCGCAGAACAAUUUGUCGCGUUCUGUUCGUCGCAUAUUUUUUUCCGUUCUGUCGUCGCAGAUAAAUUCCUUCCGUUCUGUUGUUCGCUAUCUGUUUGUCCAAUCUCUCAUGGUUAAUUAA